AUGUCCAGCUUCGACAAGAUCGUCAAGCUGGCAUGCAAGCCAAAAGCAGCUCCCCCAAAGGCCAAGUAUAUUGAUCCCAUUAUUGCUGCUACUUGGUCAGACGAUGGUGCAGUCUCAGACGUCUGCAAGGCGCUCGCCCCUCGUAUACGCGAGCCCAACCACAUUGUGGUGUUCAAGGCGUUAUUGGUGCUGCACACAAUGAUUCGGAAUGGUGCAACAGACAACGUCCUUUCCUACCUCUCGCAAGCCGACACACUGCGUCUCAAGAACGUCUCGGCGGUCAAUUGGGAAGGUUACUCUGCGCCGGAGAAUAUGCAACGUUACGCGUUAUACCUCGACUCAAGGAUAAAAGCAUACCGGGAACUCAAGCACGAUGCCAUUCGAGUCCAGUCCGAUACCAACCGUGAUAUGCGGAACUCGAUGUCGAUAGACGAGGAAAUGCUGAAACAUAAACCCCGGAAUAAUGAUGGGCCCUCUUCGCUGGCUCGGAGCAAGACGUUGGCAGGGCGCAAGUUGCGAUCGAUGACGGUGGAGAAAGGCUUACUCCGGGAGACAAAGAUUGUGCAGAGGAUGAUUGAUGCUCUCGUCGAGUGCAGGUUUUACCUCGAGGACCUGGAUGAGUUGAACAUCGAAGCCCUUCGCAUGUUGGUGAAGGACCUUUUGAUCCUGUUCCAAGCCGGAAAUGAAGGAGUCAUCAAUGUCUUGGAGCAUUACUUCGAAAUGUCGCAUAUUGACGCCCAGGACGCCCUGAAGAUCUAUCGAAAUUUUUGUUCUCAAACAAGCAAGGUUGUGGAAUAUCUCGAAGUCGCGAAGAAGAUGCAGAACCUCCUCAAUGUCCCCAUUCCAAACCUCAAGCAUGCACCCGUAUCACUUGCUGGCGCACUUCAAGAGUAUCUUGAUGAUCCCAAUUUUGAGCAAAACAGGCUAGAAUAUAGGGCUAACAAGAAGGCCUCGGAUGAGGCUAGCAAGCGCCCUAAGGAUGGAAAGUCCAAGACGACAUCCGUCACUUUCAAAGAAUCGACAGAACCAUCCAGUUCUUCCGUUUCUGGUCCAUCGAAAGCCAACGGCGAGUCCUCCAAGGCCAAGCAAGAUGUGAUAGAUUUGUUUGCCUCCAUCGAAGAGGAACAACAGCCUAUGUUUGCUGCUUCACCCCAAGCCCCUGUCUUCCCUCCACAGAUCCAAGCUCCAGGAAAUCCAUUUGCACAAAUGAUGAACGGGCAGCAGUUUGGACAAGUUCCUCAGAUCACGGCACAACCUACUGGCUUCCUUGUCCCGCAGCAUACAGUCACUCCGGCAAACCCUUUCAGUAGCUUCCUGACACCACAGCAACCACAGCAAACGGGAGUCCCCGCUCGACCAUUCUCCACUUUCAUCCCUCAGCAACAAACUGGGUUCCUCCAGCAACCUCAGCAGACUGGUUUCAUGCAGCCACAGCAAACGGGGUUCUUGCAGCCCCAGGCAACUGGAUCAAAUCCCUUCCGUCAAAGCAUGUUGCUCCCGCAGACGACCGGCAUGCAACUGUUUGGCAACGUACAACAGCCAACAGGCGCACCCAACUCUGCUGGGUCAUUUGGGCAGAGCUUGUUCGUCAACGUGCCACCUGCAGCCCCCAAUUCCGCUCCCAACACAGCCGCUCCCUUCUCGACCAACACCAACGCCUUUGGACAAACCUCCGCUUCCACCUCGGCCAUCGCGCCUACCGCUACGAACUCUGCUUUCAAGUCCUCCACGACCAAUGCCGCCGUCGACGUGCCAAAUCGCCCUGCUUCCACUCCUUUGACAUCCAUGACCAAUUCGUCCUUCCCCACCGCCCAACCUGUGAAGACCCACCAAACAGGAACUAAGAAUCCCUUCGGUCCUGUUAUUACUACCCCACCUCCCGUGCCAAAGGUCCCUACCCUGAUGGAUCUUGCUAUGGACAAACAAGCCAGCCAGAUGAAUGGUAUGACGAACGGUCAGCAACAGCCCGCGGACACGCAGCAGCAACAACUCGUGCAACCACAACAACCAAAACCAACCGGGGGUUUCAACUGGUCCAAUAGUGCUCUCAACCCGGGCUCGGCAAAUAUUUCCAGCAUUGCUUCGUCGUUUACCAAGGUUGGACAGAAUAACGCUAGUCCCUCGGCGGAUUUCUCUGGCCAGAAGAACACUUCACCUACGACGUCGGCGUUCUCAGCGGGGCCGGGAUUGACCGGGUCGUUGACUGCUCAGCCUACUGGAGCACCGUCAUCUCCGUCACCUUUAACUAGCCAGGUUACUGGGUUUGCUGGCUUGAAACCAUUCAAGCCAUCAUCAUCGUUUGGCGCAGCCUUGAUGGAAUCGCUGCCUCCCGUGAGCAACCCUACUGGAGUUUCGUCCCAAAUGACCGGCGCAACAAACGUAUCGUCGGUAUCGGGCUCGUCGGCAACGACGGCUACCACGUCAACAUCAGGAUUCACUGCGUCGUCUUUCACCUCUAUGUCUAGCAACCCCAGCGCCUUUUCUCCUAGUUCGACAACGCCACAACCUUCCUCUACACCUAGCUUUGGCGCGUUGAAUUCUCAGCCUACAGGUGGAUUGAAUGCGUUCAAACCCACGUCGGCGUUUGGUGCAUCCCUGAUGUCUGGAAACACAGGAGGUUCAACAUUAGGAGUUGGUCUGCGGCCACAAAUGACCGGUGGGGGUUCAGCUAACCCCUUCCGCGCUUCGAUGGCUGCAGGGAAUGACCUGUCGGCCUUUGGAUCGUCACCAGUUCCGCCCGUGCCCGGAUUGCCUUCCAAUCUUACCACUGGGGGUCCAUUCGGGCACAUGCAAAACCAGCAACAGCAGCAAGCCGGCGGAUCGACACCCUUUUCAUCGUUUAUGGCGAACCAGGGACAACAGCAACAACAGCCCCAACAGUCUCUCAUUUAA